AUGUACGAGAGUAGAUCCGAAAUCGACGAGAGUCUCUCGGACGCGUUAGCGCUGUUGCAUUCGACCGAGCCGGACAGUGCGCAGAGGCUCCGCCGGAUGCUGGACGCCUGCAUCGAAAGAAAGCACGGCCACGAAAAGACUUUGGCCGUCAGAAUGCCGGGGCGAUUUUUGCAAAGCGUCGACGGAUCCGCGCUACCGAUGGCAACCUCCAGGGGACAAGACCGCGUAGCGCGCGGCCGCAGCGUGAUCAAUGCCGAGAUUUGGGACGGCGAUCCUGAGAUCAUUUCCCUCCUCGAAACUGACGAGCCGGAGAAUGUCGGGGAUCGUCAGACGUCCGGCAUAAAAGUGUUCGAGGUCGAUUACGAGGACUGCCGCGAGGACGAGAGGGACGUUCCCAGGAUUUCGAUACCUGACGAAGGAUUCGCCGAUGGGACUGUGUGCAAAAUCUGUAGCGGCUGUGAGCCGAGACCCCUGAUCUCGCUGGAGUGUCAAGAAGCUUAUUAUCCACCGAGUCAUCAGCUCCCGGUCAUCGACGUCGACGUUUAUGAACCUACAUCUUGUGUGCAGACGGUCCGUCGGUAGCUC